CCCGUGUGGUAAUGACGUGUUCGUGAAUGUUUUUGGACACGCACCAGCAGUGGGAACAAUUAAUUCACCGGUCAGUCGACCCAGGGGUAUGCAGCGAAUGGAGAUGCCGGAUUAUUUGAAUGAGCGACCGAGACGAGGACGGAAACGCAGCACGGAUGUAAAUCAAUCCGAAGUUUCCAUUCCACCUGCUGCUGCCCAGAGAAGAAACAUUCAGGUGCUUUUCCUCUGCUUUGGUGGGCUGUUUAUCAUACAAGCUAUUCUCAAUGUUUCCUUACGCCUCACUUUGUACUCCAACAAGGAAUUGCCUCCCUCGGACUGCAACACAACUUCUUUUAAAGACCAAAAUCAGGAGAAAGAGAUGAGAAUUGAUUGUGAGCAAGGCAGGCCUUCUUUUUGCAACGUUUUACACGAAAGAUUCUGCAUCUUGACCAGAGAAAAAAAACAGCUUGAAGACAGAAACACUGAACUCAUGAACACGUUAAAGAAUGUGGAGGAUGAGAAGAACAGACUGGAAAUUAUAAUGAGGGAGCUGAGUGGUUGUGUGUCCUAUCAACAGUGUCCUCCAGGCUGGAGGGAGAUCAACUCCAGAUGUUACUUCCUCUCUGAUGACAUUAGGACAUGGGAGGAAAGCAGAAAAGACUGUAAGAGUAAACUAGCUGACCUGGUUGUGAUCAGCAGUGAACAAGAGGAGAGAGCCUUGUACCAACUGAAUGGGGAAGGUGUGCUCUUGUUCUGGAUUGGGCUGCAUGGCACAAAUGGGACCUUCAGAUGGGUGAAUGGAGCAGCACUGACUGAAUCAUUUUGGCAGUUGGGUCAGCCGGAUCAUGGUGGCCCUAACAACAGAGAGGAUUGUGUGGAGAUGUAUCACAAUAACCCGGUGCUGCAUACUUGGAAUGACGCCCCCUGUGAACACAAGCAGCGCUGGUUGUGUGAAAGAGAUCCAUGUAUCAGUUAGAGUUAGAGUCAGCUCAAGAACAUAAUAUAAUACUUAUGUCUAUGUAAGUUACUUAGUGUGCUUUUGCAUGGAGCAAAACAAAGAAGUGCACAUUUAAAAUUAAAAAUCUGAGUAAAAGUUGAUUUUUAAGCAACGAUAUGCAAUAACAUCUAAGAUCAACUCCAGAUGUUACUUCCUAUGGAGGAUAUGGGGAAAUAAAUGAAGCAAAUCUCAUCAAUUUGAACAAACUAUAAGCUCCUGUGAACAACUUGGUGAUAUAGUUUUCAAUUUGAUAGUAUCUCAGUUAGACUUUGAGCCUUACUUUGUGUUACUGGGAGGUACUUUGUGGUACACUUAAUGCUAAAUUGUAUGUAUUAUUUUUUGGUAAAUGAUUGUCUUGACAGAAUAUUGUCAAAAAACAAUCCAAAACAACAAUAUGACAAAUCAAUAGAAACUGUAUACGUAGGUAUGGUCUUAUCUUUGGCAGGGACAUUUUUUGUUCGAUGGCCAACAUAAUAUGCACACUUGCUCCCUAACUCUCUUUUCUCAUUCAUAUGCACACCUGUGUGCACACACAAACGCACAUAAAGAGCCUGACUCUGCAGAACGUUUACUUGAAUUGAAUGUGUGCUUGCUGACAUAAAUUGUUUUAAACUGGAUCUUUGCUUCAAACUAAUACAAAUUUAAAAAAAGAUAGAUUUCUCUGAAUGAGAAAUCAGAGAAAUCUACAAAAAUACAAAACAUUUCCUAAAAUUGACGACAUUUCAAUCAGUCAAGGAAAUUCACUUUUCCUUUAACAAUCAUUGCCUUUGGAGGCUCUUCUACUUCAGGAUGUCGUAGCAGUCCUCCACCACCUGAGGCCGCAGUAGAACAAAACAUUUUACACUCAGCAAUGUUACAUCUCCGCCAUUACGAGAUGGCAGCAAACAGCAUUCUCAGCAAAGAAAUGAAUAAAUGGCAGUAAUGUUUCCUAAACUGCAGAUCUCAGAAACAUUUCAGUUAAUGUAUGAAUCACUGACUGUCAAUGCUCAUAUUAUCAGUGGACAUGUUUUUAUUGAUGCGAUUCAGUGUUGUCACACACUGAGACUGCCAAAAAAAAAAAAAGCUUUUCUGUGAUGUUAGUCACAGACAGGUGACUGUCAGUCAAAUAAA